CUUAAGCAGGCUGUAUGAAAAUGACCUACCUGGUCUACUUUUCAUUUGUAUCAUUGGUCACAGUGGCACUACAGGGAUAGUCAUCAAAGGAUUCCAAAGUUGAUGGGAACUUUUAAUGAUGAAAUAUUCAACAAACAAAUAUUGUAAGGUUAUCAGCUCACAUGUGGACUCCUUUCAUUGGUUGUCUUGAUCAAAAUGAUUAAAUCUUAAUGGAGAUGGUGCUGUAUAAACAGUCCAUGUGAGUAGAACAGCACACUAGUACUUCUGAUCAAGGAGGUUAUCUCUAUAACCUUGCUCUGACAAAAAAUAUGGACCAUUGCAAGACUGCGUGCAUCAUUCUUCUUGCUGUCAUCUGCGUGGUCACAGUUGCUACACAGGGUCAGGAACUACUGUACAGACACCUCCUCCCUCGUCCAUGGUACUACAGGCACAACUUUGAGGAAGCAGUGCAGAUGAUUCCACACUUUAUCAUGUUUUUCACACCAGGAUGUGAACAGUGUAAAGCCAUGAUGCCAAACUUUGAUGAGGUUGCAGACAAGUACAACACAAUGAAAACACCUCAAGUUAUCCUGGCUAAGGUGGACUGUAGUGCAGAAGUUGUCAUAUGUGAGAAGCAGGGAAUCCGUGUAUUUCCAACCUUCAAAAUGUACCGGCAUGGAGCAGACAAUCACCGCUACAAUGGAGAGAGAACUGUAGAAGCGUUUAAGAGCUACAUCUCCAGCAUGGUGCCUCCUGUGAAGAAAACUACACCCGAAGUGAAGGGAACUGUAUAUAGACUGGCAUCAUCAAACUUCACUCGGCACAUCCAAGGGGGCCUUCACUUUGUCAAGUUCUUUGCACCAUGGUGUGGACACUGCAAGAAGCUUGCGCCAGCUUGGGUUAAGCUGGCUCUCUCAUUUAGUAAUGAAAAACACCUAACCAUUGCAGAGGUUGACUGUGUAGAGUAUGAUGUGCUGUGCAAGAAGUAUGAUGUGGACAAAUUCCCGACUCUUAUGAUGUUCAGAGAUGGAAAGGAAGUUGACCGGCAUCUGGGGGAACAAGGCCUUGAAGACUUGGAAAGUUAUUUAUCUGAGAAACUGGAAGAAACCAUCAGCUAUUGGGAGAGGACUGGGCUGGAUCCAGGAAACCCAGCAAAGGGAAAAUCUAAAGUAGAGAGUAAGGUGCUGAUCCUGACCAAAGACAAUUUCCACUCUGUGAUAAGGAAGGGGAUGACCUUUGUUCAGUUCUACGCUCCUUGGUGUGACCACUGUAAGACGCUGCUCCCUGCAUGGGAUGCUUUGUCCUUCAAGUUCCCAAAGCGUCCUCAUAUUCAGAUUGCCAAGAUGGACUGUACAGCACAUGGGAACAACAAGAUUUGUCAGGACCAGAAGAUAACAGACUACCCUACGCUCAUCCUGUUUAAGAGUGGGAGGCACAUAGGGGAGUUUGGUGGGGACGAGAAUUUUGAGUGGACAGUGGACUCCAUGCACAACUUUGUAGCCACAAGUCUACAUGUUCAUGAUGACUUAUAAUGCAUAGAUCAGUGGUACGGUAAUCAAUGAUGACACCAUCAGUUCUAAAGCUGUUGUCAUUUUGUUUCAUUUUUUAUCAUUAUCAUAACAAAGAAUAUUGUUAAAACUGUAGGCUAGAUUGGACAAUACAUGUAGUAUAUACAUAUAAAGCAACAAGAAUGUUAUACUGUAAAACAUUACAGCAACAAACAGCCACAUAGCUGACUACUGUUUCAAUCCAAUCUGUAUAUUAACUUUUCUUAGGAACAGUACAACAGCUCACCUUUGGCACACAGGACAACUUUACAGUUAAAAUAAAUGUAUGAUAUGAUUACAGUAAAACCAGCCCUGUAGAUACUUAAAAAACAUCAUAGUGAUCUAUCAUUUUUGUACAGCAUACAUUCAGAUACGCAAGACUAAUUUAUAAGGCAAAGAGCAAGGCAGUUGAUUUCCAUUGUUGGCAAAAGUGGCAACUUUUCAUUAGUCACUAUUGAAUUCUUUCAUGUCAAUGUAAGCUGUAUCAACAUUCACUAUCUACAACUUCCACGGCAUACUUUAUUCAGUUAAUUGGACCUUGGGCAGAGACAUGAGGAGCACAUCUAAAUAAGGCAAGGAUGUACUGUUCCAUAUUCUGCCCUUAAUAUAAUUUCUUUGAUUUUUUUGUUAUUGAAUGUAGAAUUGAAAAAUACAAAUAAGCACACUUAUUCAUAGAACUUCAUACUGAAAUAAGCAGAACAAUUACAUAACAGUGAAAAGUAAGAAGAGUUUUCCUCUCAAUACAUUAAACCCUUACAAAAAUA